UUUUAGUGGGUUGAUCGUCUUUGGUACGACUGGUACCUGCAGUCAAUGUUAAAUUAUUUUUUUUUUUUACUAUUAUAUUUUAUAGUCAUGUUUAAAUGUAUGAGAAAAAUAUUGUAUAUAUUUAUAUGCAUAUAUAUAGGUACAGAGUAUAUUUUUGUAAAUCGAUUGGGAGAAUAUUUUUCAGCAGUAAGAAGAUAUCGGUCGGGAGUAUGACAUGGUAGCCUCGGCAACUGGAGUCACGCAGACACUAUUUGAUUUCACGCGGACGGACCAAGUCAACAACUGGACCGAGUACUCGGACACUAUAAAAACCGCGGGGAUGUCGAAGGCUGUGCUGGUGAUUCAAAAAACUCAACUGAUUCAGCGGGCAAUUUUUUUCACUUUAUUCAACCCGCGGCCAAACAAAAUGGGAUUCGCUGCCGUAAGAUGUGAGACUAAUUUCAAUCUUCAGGAUUUCAAUUACGUAACGAUAAAGUGCCGUGGGCAGGGAACUAAUUUGAGAUACAAAAUGGUGUUGAGACACAGGGGUCUCAUUGAUAAUAAUUCGAUGGUCUUUGGUCAAGUUUUUACGGCACCGGAAAAUGAAUUCGCGACGAUGAAAUUACCUCUGGCUGAUUUUAAACCUUAUUAUCGCGGGCGUGAAUUACCGGUGGAAGAAAAUCCCCUUGAUUUAACGGCCAUUACAAAUAUUGGACUUAAAAUUGAUAUGAGUCCUUAUUUACCCGAUAAUCAACCUGGUGUAGCAGCUUUAGAAAUUGAUUGGAUUAAAGCUACUAAAUAAUUACUAUUAUUUAUUUAUUCGCAUAAAAAUAUAUAUAUUAUAUAUCUGAUUUGAAAGUAAAAUAUAUCGUGUUACGAAUGCUAUUAAAUUUUUUUAUAGCUAAUUGAUGUACUUUUCAUUUAGAAGUUGAUGGUACACAUUUCGGGAUCCGUAAGGACGUUAAAAAAAUUUAAAAUUUGGAUUCUUUAUUUUCCGACUUCUAGAUAAAAUGUACAAUAAGCAUAAAAAAAAAUUUUACUCAAUUACACUAAAAAAUUAGCGGAGUAAGCAUGAAAUAAAAAUAAAAGCAGCAUUUACUCCAAAUUUACUCCUGAUUUUUUAAAGUGUAUGGCAUUUCUGUAA